CGCAACUUGUUACGGUGUUGUUGCAUUCCUAUUGUUAACCUCAUUGCAACUGGUUGGUUGAAUAUUGACAUUACUGUCUAUUUUAUAAGAUUUAGUUUAUAAUCUUGAAAGAAAUGUCGACUAAGAAGAAGAGUAAAGGAAAAAUGCAUGAAAGGAGGAAGCGACAAGUCGUGGGAAAAGAAGAAAAGUAUCGGCAGCAGAGGGAUAUGUCUGACCAGGAUGAUGAGGUUGAAGAAGAGAAAGAGGAAUCGCCAUGUUCUUUUCCGGUUGCUAUGUGGGAUCUUGAGCAUUGCGAUCCGAAAAAAUGCUCUGGAAGAAAGUUAUCUCGACAUGGCCUCAUCAAAACUUUGAGGUUGAAUACGAGGUUUACGGGAUUAGUUCUAACACCUGUUGGGAAUAAGUGUGUUGCACCAACCGAUCGUGAAAUAGUGCAGGAACACGGUUGUGCUGUUGUCGACUGCAGUUGGGCAAAGCUCGAAGACACACCAUUCAGUAGAAUACGAAGUCCAAAUCCACGUCUCCUCCCAUUUCUUGUCGCGGCCAAUCCGAUAAAUUAUGGGAAGCCUUGCCAAUUAAGUUGUGUUGAAGCAAUAGCUGCUAUGAUGAUUAUAACUGGAUUUCCAGAUGAAGCAAAUUUUUAUCUAGGAAAAUUUUCCUGGGGUCACUCGUUUUUAGAAUUGAAUUCAGAUUUGCUCGCUGCUUACGCUGCAUGCUCCACUAGUGAGGAAAUUAUUCAAGCACAGGAAAAAUUUUUGGCAAAUGCAAGACAAGAAAGGGUUGAGAAGCAAGCCUUACCAGAUUUUCCACCAAGUGAAGAUAGUGAAAGUGAGAGCGAAGAAGAGAUCAACAAAAAUACAAGUAAAACUGAUACCGAUGACAAACCACUAGGAAUACCUCCAAUUACUUAGUGAUAGAAUUGAUAGAAAAAUUUUAUACGACAGAUUUUAUACGAAAACUUCGUCUAUUUAUCGCAUAAAAUAUUUGAGAUAGAGUUGUAGAUUAAAAAGUAAUUGCUAACUUUAUUACUGAA